AUGGAGAACGAAACGCUCAGUGAAGUGAACCAGACCGAGCUCCCGCCACAAGCAGCAGUGACGCUCGAGUACCAGGUGGUCACUAUCUUGCUCGUGCUCAUUAUUUGUGGACUGGGCAUUGUGGGCAACAUCAUGGUAGUCCUGGUGGUCAUGAGAACCAAGCACAUGAGAACCCCCACAAACUGCUACCUGGUGAGUCUGGCUGUGGCAGACCUCAUGGUCCUGGUAGCUGCAGGCCUCCCCAAUAUAACCGACAGCAUCUACGGUUCCUGGGUCUACGGCUAUGCUGGUUGCCUCUGCAUUACUUAUCUCCAGUACUUAGGAAUUAAUGCAUCCUCAUGUUCAAUAACAGCCUUUACCAUUGAGAGAUACAUAGCAAUCUGUCACCCCAUCAAAGCCCAGUUUCUCUGCACAUUUUCCAGAGCCAAAAAGAUCAUUAUCUUUGUCUGGGCCUUCACAUCCAUUUACUGUAUGCUCUGGUUCUUCCUGCUGGAUCUCAAUAUUAGCACCUACAAAGAUGCUAUUGUGGUAUCCUGUGGCUACAAGAUCUCCAGGAAUUACUACUCACCUAUUUACCUAAUGGACUUUGGUGUCUUCUAUGUAGUACCAAUGAUCCUGGCCACUGUACUCUAUGGAUUUAUAGCUAGAAUCCUCUUCUUAAACCCCAUUCCUUCAGACCCUAAGGAGAACUCUAAGAUGUGGAAAAAUGAUUCAACCCAUCAGAACAAGAAUUUGAAUUUAAAUGCCACUAACAGAUGUUUCAACAGCACUGUAUCUUCCAGGAAGCAGGUCACCAAGAUGCUGGCAGUGGUUGUAAUUCUGUUUGCCCUUUUAUGGAUGCCCUACAGGACUCUCGUGGUUGUCAACUCAUUUCUCUCCAGCCCUUUCCAAGAAAAUUGGUUCCUGCUCUUCUGCAGAAUUUGCAUUUAUCUCAACAGUGCCGUCAACCCCGUGAUUUACAACCUCAUGUCUCAGAAAUUCCGCGCAGCCUUCAGAAAGCUGUGCAACUGCAAGCAGAAGCCCACAGAGAAACCUGCCAACUACGGUGUGGCUCUGAAUUACAGCGUCAUCAAGGAGUCGGACCGGUUCAGCACGGAGCUGGAUGACAUCACCGUCACCGACACUUACGUGUCAACCACCAAGGUGUCAUUUGACGACACCUGCUUGGCUUCUGAGAAGAAUGGACCCCAUUCUUGUUCAUAUGACUGUUCUUUGACUGCCAAACAGGAGGAAAUAUGA